GGCAUUAUGGACGGGGCAAAAGAGGACAUGGGCGUGUCAACAGCCAUAGGUAUUCGACAUCACCCACGCCUGUCUCAAAUCCUUUGAUCAAAUCGUGACCGACUAUGAUGACUCUUUCCUCAGUCUUCGUAAUAGUUUCUUAUUCUGGAUCGGUUGCAUUUUAUAGCUGCAGCAACCAGGAAAACAUCCGCAAAACAAUUCAAUCAUUCGCUGACGGCUUUUGUGACCGACGAAGACAUUGCCUUUCGCAGGGACAUUGCAUCUUGGGUCCGCCAGAGGUUUUCAGCCGCUCGCAGGGGGCUCUGUCAACAGUUGGGCGACUCCAUAGCGAUCCGGCGUCGGAUACUGCUACAAACUGAACGCCACGCAAGGAGUCUUGCCGUCAGGCGCGUACCUGG